CAAAAUCCUCGAUCGGACGGCUGAAACUCAUCGCCCCAUCCUUCUAAAAGCCCAGCUCGAAGGGGUGGCCUUUCUCAACCAACUCCCGUCAGAUCUUCAAAUCCCCAAAUCUCACCCUCUCUCUCUCUCUCUCUCGCUUUCUCCAAAAAAGAAAUGGCGGAUGCAAAGCCAGGAAUGAGGAAACCGGUAUUUACCAAGGUUGAUCAGCUUCGGCCUGGAACCAGUGGGCAUACACUUACAGUGAAGGUGGUGAGCUCAAAGAUGGUGUUGCAGAAGGGCCGCCCUGAUGGGCCGCAAGUUCGACAGAUGCGCAUCGCUGAAUGCUUGGUCGGAGAUGAAACGGGAAUGAUUGUCUUUACAGCCAGGAAUGAGCAAGUGGACUUGAUGAAACCUGAUACAACUGUGAUCCUGCGCAAUGCGAAGAUCGACAUGUUCAAGGGGUCAAUGAGGCUUGCCGUAGAUAAGUGGGGCCGUGUUGAAGUCACCGAUCCGGCAGAUUUCACGGUGAAGGAAGAUAACAACCUGUCACUGGUGGAAUACGAACUGGUGAAUGUCGUGGAAGAGUGACCCAUGAGCUGCAAUCUUCUACUACUUACCCGAAGCGAACACAUGAUGUGAUUUUGUGGUUUUUUUGAGGCCCAAAUGCAGUUUUGGGCAAAUGCUCUUUUAGGAAGAAAGAAAGCAAGUCUGAGGUUACAAUCUUGAAGCUACCAAGAGGAGUUGAACCCCCUUCCACAACGCUCAAGUCAGGCAAUGGAACCUUCAGAUCCAGUCAGAAGAAUCAUCUGGUCUGGUGAUUGCACCUGAUUGGCAACUAUCCGUAUAACUUUAUUGGGUUUCUAUCUCUAAAUCUUAUAUGCUUUUUGGUUGUUUCAUUUGGACAUGAAAUGACUCAGGUUAUGCUUUUGGAUUAUGGAAAAUGACAUUAUGCAAUAUAUAGUUCUACUUUAUUA